UAACCCUAAGAUUGCAUUAUCCAGGAAAAGGCAGCUUAGUCCUUUCUUCAAACACAAGCUAUAAGGCAAUGCCACGGAGGUCAGAAGAGGGCUUCAGAUUCCCCUGGAACUCUGAUGGAAAUGCUUCUACAACCACAACUGUGAUAGACAACAAAAAUGGAUCUGUGCCCAAGUCCCCUGGAAGGAUGCUGAAGAGGACAGUCACAGAAGACAUCGUGACCACAUUCAGCUCCCCUGCAGCCUGGCUUCUGGUCAUCGCUCUGAUAAUCACAUGGUCGGCUGUUGCUGUUGUUAUGUUUGACUUAGUGGAUUACAAAAACUUCUCAGCAAGCUCCAUUGCCAAGAUUGGCUCAGAUCCUCUAAAAUUUGUAAAUGAUGCUGUGGAGGAAACCACGGACUGGAUCUAUGGCUUCUUUUCUUUUUUGUCUGACGUCAUCUCAUCUGAUGGUGAUGAAGACGAUGAUGAUGCAGACGAGGACAUUGAUAAAGGAGAAAUAGAGGAGCCUCCUUUGAAAAAAAAAGAAAUGUUCAAAGAAAAGACUGAAAAGCAUGGAAAACCUGAGAGAAAAAUACAAGCUAAAGUUACACACAGAGAAAAGGAAAAAGACAAAGAAAAAACCAAAGAAAAGGAGAAACCUGAGAAGAAAGCAACUCAUAAGGAAAAACUUGAGAAGAAAGAAAAACCAAAGACAAAGACAACAGAAAAAGAGGACACGAAAGCUAAGACUAAGGAAAGGACGGAAGAAAAGACCAAAAAGGAAGUGAAGGAUGGGAAACCGGAGAAAGUGAGGCAAACAGCUGCAGGAGGAAAAGAUGGGCAGAAACCACCACCGAAAGCCAAGGCGAAGGAUGACAAGGAGGCUGCAGCUGUGCCAAAGCAAGAACAGAAAGAUCAGUAUGCAUUCUGUCGAUAUAUGGUUGACAUGUUUGCCCAUGGGGAUUUAAAACCAGGACAAAGCCCAGCCGUACCUCCUCCCUCACCAGCAACACCUGCUUCCAGACCUGCUCUGUCAACACCCACUCUUGAAGAAAAGGAAGAGGAGAAGAAGAAUGCUGACAAGAAAGUUAAUUCUGAAACGAAAAAGAAAGUAGAAAAAGAAGAAACCAAAAAGAAAAGUGAGAAGGAAGCUGUCGCUGAUGUAAAGAAAAAAGGACCAGGCAAAGCUCCUGAAAGCAAACAAGGAACUGCCAAAGUUUCAGCACAAGGUAAGCAAUAA